AUGACUUUUAAUUUCUACUAGUAUGUUUGUGAAAAAGUAACUGUUUAACCGUUAAUAAUCUCAAAUGUUUAUUACUACCAACUUCUUGGUGAUAACUAUAUUCUUGCUCAAGUAAACUGGCCAUAAACUUAUGGAACUGAAUGUCCUUACACAGUUUAAAUGCAAGUAAUUAGAAGCGAAGACAACCUAAGUUACACGACAAAUAUUAUCAAAAUUGAUAUUUCUGCUCCAACUUAAUUCAAUAUUGUUUCAAACUCUUUAACUAUGAUUGGAACUUUUGUGGUGACUAUUAAUCUCUUCGUAGACUCAGUAGAAUAUUUAAAUACUGGUACAUCAGCUAAUAACAGACUUGUGCAGACUACAUCUUUUACAGUAUUUUCUGUGUUAGAGUGUUAAAUCAACUAGGUAACUGGAAUAGCUUAGGUAGCUCCAAUCUCCCUAAAAGUGGGAACUUCAGAAUAAAUACAGAUACCUGAUUGGUUGAAUCAAUUCAGCUUUUGCAAUAAUAUUUAAUAUUAAGUAAUAUCGAUACUACCUGAAUUCAUUACUUUUGAUACAUCAUCAAGGAUAAUUAAGAUAUAACCAAUAGUUAACACUCAUGUAGGGAUACAUAUGAUCUAGAUAAAAGGGUAAGAUACCAUAUCUUCUAGAUUUGAUGUAAUAGAUUACUCUAUUGAAGUUUUACCAAGUGAUAAAUAGAACAUCAUGAAUUACCUCAACAUCAAAGAUAUCAAUGUAUACGAGGAAGAAAUUUACACAUUACCAAUAUUUAAGAGCACUAAACUCGCUUUAGAAUUUUUUUAAAGCUACUAAUUUGAUGCUAAUAAAACUCUACAGCUAAAAUAUAUAACUUUGGAAAACUUUAAAUUGAUAUUAGCACCCCAAAAAAAUGACUAGGGCUCUUACAAAUUAGGUUUUACAGUUUUGGACAUUUUAAAAUAUGGAGUUACAGAAAUUGAAUUUAAAAUUACAGUGCUGCCCUAUUAGAACAAAACUAAUCUAGGAUCUAAAAACAAUACAGAUGAAUAAGGAAUAUCAAAAGAGGAUCAAGCCCAGAAUAAGAAAUAAUCAUAUCCAAUCAGUGCAAGAAUUAUUUCAAUAACCAUAAAAGGAGAAAUUACAAUAAGAUUCAACCAGACAAUUAAUUUAGAUCUUAAUAGAUAUAAUAUAAGCCAGCUGAUCUGCUUUUAAAUAAGAGAUGGAUAUACUGAUUUUGUAGAUUAUGCAAAACAGAGAGUGGUUAGUUUUUACGCAAUUCAAUUGCAUGGUGUAGAUUUGACAUUACAAUUACAGUUUUUAAGACCGGAGACUAUAUCAUAAAAUCUUGUAAGAUUAAAACUAUAUUAAAUACUGAUAGGCAAGUGA